UCAAUCGAUCAAUCUUAUCGAAAGUCAUUUAGAUUCUUUUAUAAGAAGAUCCAACAUGAUAAGUCAUUGGAUCGCGCAUGAGAUUUGCAGUUUAAAAACUGUUAAGGCGCGUCGAACUUUACUUCACAAAUUCAUUGAAACAGCGAGAUACUGUCGCGAAUAUAAUAAUUUUCAUAUUGCUUCAUGCAUUGCGUUGGCUUUGAACUCACGUCCAGUACAACGUUUAGUUAAAACAUGGGAAUCACUUUCACAUCAAGAUAUAAUGACUUCUCAAAGUAUUGAAGAAUUAAUUGAUCCUUCAAGAAAUAUGAGAAAGUAUAGAAAAUCAUUGGCAAAUGCUAAACCUCCUGUUAUACCAUUUUUUGCAAUAUUUCUUAAAGAUUUAACGUUUAUAAUUGAAGGAAAUCCAACUUAUAUACGUAAUAAACAUUAUAUAUCCUCAGCACCUUCAACACCAACGAUUUCAACAUAUCCUGAUUCAAGAGAAUCUUCUAUACCUAGUACACCCACAACACCAUCAUUUCCACCUUCCUUACACAAUUCCCUUAAUUCAUAUAAUUCACUCCCAUUAUCAACAAUGCAAGAACCGUUAAUUAAUUUUGAAAAAUUUAGAUUUUUAACAAAAAACAUUCGUAAUAUUAAUCGUUAUACUUCAGAAUCAUAUUCUUUUAUCAAUCAAUUAUCAAGACCUCCAAAAAUUUUAACAUCAAAUUUUUCAUUAUUAUCUGAUCAACCCGAUUUAAUCAAUACAUAUAAUUCAUUAAUAAACAAUAAUUUAAGUGGCAACGGAUGUAACAAUAGUAUUAAUAAUAUAUUUAAUAAUGGAGGUGGUGGAAGUAAACCUGCACCACUAGAUCACAUUGGUGAAGUAAUAGAAAGAAGAAUGUUUGCAGCUGCUGGAUCUAUUUUUGGUGAUAACGUUACUAUUUCUAUGUUAAAUGGUAAUGAAUUAGAAGCUGAGUUAAUGACUUUAAGCUUAGAGGCUGAACCUGCAGUUAAUGUUAUAUAAGGAAAUUUUUUUUUCCAAACAUUCUUCUUUUAAAAUACUUCAUCAUAUUUUUUUUUUUUUUUUUU